GGAGGCUUUAUAACUGAGGGGUCUCCGGCACCCGAUGCUUUCUUCGGGCCUCUCCUCCUUUCGUUCUUUCUUUUCUUCGGUCUCCUCGCUUUCGCGCUCACACGACGAGGACUGGUUCCUUUGACGCUCUUUUUACACAUUAAAACUUCCCUCACUCUCGUUUAAUCAUGUUCGCCGGAAACAAGUCUCUUCUCGUCUCGCUGCUGGCAGUAGUUGCGCAGGUCUCAGCCCAUGCGAUGGUCAAGCCCGCCCUCGGAGUCGCCGCCCCUCAGCGCAGCGACGUCCAACGGCCUUCCACCGCCAAGCCUUGCGGGAACAUCGCGAUUGCCUCCAACCUCGACAAGUCCACCACCACUUCCGUCGCCGGCGACGGGACUGUGACUCUUCAAAUUCAGAACUUCAACGCGGGAAGCGACGGCGCUACCGCGUUGUCCUCCGUUCUCGUGGAUGCUACCGGUACCGGAAACAAGUUUGUUGCCGGUUCGAUCAAGCAGAAUGGAAACCCGAAACCAGCCAAGACCGAGACGGACAGUGUUGUCAUUGCUCUCCCGGCGGGUACCAAGUGCACUGGUGGCGCGGGAAAGAACUUGUGUCUUGUGUCCGUCAAGACCAACGCCGGGUUCGGCGGCUGCACCGUUGUCUCCCAGGGAAGCGCUGCUGCUGCUGCACCCAACAACAAUGCCGCUGUCCAGAAAGCCGCUGCGCCCCCCGCCAAGACGUCCACCGUCGCCAAGGCCCAGUACAACCAGGCCGCACCGACGACUGCGAAGGCCGCUGCGAAGGCAGGCCACACCGUCGUCGUCACGGACAUCGUGCACAAGACGAAGACCGUGGACGAGAAGGUGACCAAGACGGUGAACGAGAAGACCACCAAGGUCGUCAGCAGCACUUCGACCAAAGCCGCUGCCUACUCGAAGAGCACGCAGAAGAGUAACAAGGACACCAGCAGCAAAGCUGUCGCCGCGAAGAACAAGUCCUCCGCCGGAAGCAAGUACCGGAAAGGUGGAAAGAAGAACAGCAUGGGGAGCAAGGAGGCUGACAAGAAGAGCUCGCACAAAAGCAUGGACAAGGGCAGCAAGAGCAAGAGCAACAUGAGCUCCGACAACAAGAGCAAAAGCGGCAUGAGCUCUGACAACAAGAACAAGAGCGGCAUGAGCUCCGAGAAGAACAAGAGCAGCAUGAGCUCCGACAACAAGAGCAAAAGCGGCAUGAGCUCCGAGAAGAACAAGAGCAGCAUGAGCUCUGAGAAGAACAAGAGCAGCAUGAGCUCCGACAAGAACAAGAGCAGCAUGAGCUCCGACAGCAAGAGCAAAAGCAGCACGAGCUCUGACAGCAAGAGCAAGAGCACCAUGAGCAAAGGGAGCAGCAGCAGCAUGAGCAAGGGGAGCAGCAGCAGCAUGAGUGAAAAGAGUAAGAGCGGAGGCCAGGAAAGCCAGGAAAGCCAGAACAGUGCAAGCCACAUGGGGCGCGACGUCGAGGACGAAGCUGAUCUCGAGUAGAUAUCGAAUGCGAGUGUCACUAGUCUUUGCACCAGGGAAAUGGGAAUUUUCAUCGUUGAGCUCCA